AUGAAUUGGAGUCUUGCAACGAAGAAAAGUGGCGAAAAGUUGAAUAAUCUGCCGGAAUUAAUAAAACAGUAUUCCAUACUCGCAAAGCCACAAACAGAAAAUUUAAUAAUUGUACCAUCUGAAAUUCCCGCUAUAGAUGAUGAGGACUGGAACACUCCUGGCGGCAGCAAGGAUCCAGUACUUAUACCUCCAUCCAAUCCCAGAUUCCUAACAAUAACCAGAUCCCAAACACCUCCAAAAUCUACCACACCGCCGAAAUCUCUAAUUGUCCUCCACAGGUAA